AUGGAUUUAAAAAAUUAUUUAAACAAUAAGGAUAAUAAAAUUAAAAAUUUUUCCGAUAAUAAAAAAAUUGAAGAUUUCGAAGUUGAAUUGGAAGAAGAAAAAAAUGAAAAGUUGAAAGAGGAAGGAAACGAAAAUCUGGAGGAAGAAAAGAAUGAAGAUUUGGAAGAAGAAUUAGAAGAUGAAAAGAUUGAAGAUUCGGAAAAUAAUGAAGAAUUAAAUGAAGCUAACAAGGAUUUACUGAGUGCGAAUGACAAGAAAUUAUUUAAAAAUCUGAAUAAUGAAGAUGAGAAACAUGAUAUAAUUUAUAUAAACGAAGAAAAUAUUUUGAAAAAUGGGGAAAAAGAAGAUAACAAGCUUGUGCCCAUUAAUAAAGGAAUUUCAAAAGGAAAUCACAAAAACUUCAAAUCACUCUCAAAAUUUACACCUUUUCAUCCAAGAAUAUUUUUAGAAGAAAAAAUAUUAAUUGAAGCCUAUGAAAAAUUUAUUUCAGGUAGAGGCGAUCCAAAGAAAAUAAUUCCAGCUUUGGAAAUUGGAGUGGUUAUCGAUGAAAUUAAACAACGUUUUGAGUAUAUUAAGAAGUUCAAACAAAAUAAGAUUGAUACUGAAUUAGAUUGUGAAAAUGCAAAUUCAACAGGAAUUUCAUUCGGGAGUUUAGAAGGUAAGGUAUUUCACUGUUAUCUGACUCCAUAUUCCUUUGCCCUUUCCGUCUUUUCUCGAAAAAUUUAA